UAAAAUUUUUAUUUUAUACCUGAAAAUAAAGUAAAUUCAAAGAAUUGUAUAUUUCACACAAGACUUGUGUGAUCUAUUCAUUGACUUGUAAGAGAGAUGUGACGUUUCUCAUUUUACAUUUUAGCCAAUCAAAAGGGAUCUUUUCAAGUUCCUUCUCUUCCACCUUUUUUUUCUUUUUUUCUUCUUCUUUAUACUUCUUUAAGGUGGGUCAUAUCCACUCUCUUCUUUUAUCCCCUUGUACCUUUUUGUUGUCGUUUUGAUUCCAGUUACUAAAUAUGACCUCAUUGACCAACAACGCUACUACCAUGAACCAAAAACCUUAUGUUUGCACACCACAAACAAACUUGAGCACCUCGCCCAACUAUCAAGUCCAGCCAAGAACCACUCCUCAGUUGGGUUUUCACCUGGCAAACCACCUCCAGCCACCGUAAGGAAACGAAAAAAACUCACACCUGUUUAUUGCUCACCUCAUACAUCACCUGAAUCUAAUUACCCGGACAACUCUCUCUUGUUUGUUACUCAAGUAUCACCUCAAAAGAAACGAAAAACAGAUAGUAUGGCUUUGUUUGGCCCUAUACCAUCUGUUGAUUUGAUACUCAAUGAUGAGCAAGUGCUUAAAGAACUUGAUUGGAUCACACAGAAUCCCAUCUUAACCUGUAUUGAACUAGAGGAUGAUUUUGUUCUUUUUCCUUAAAUAAACC